CUGAAGCCAGACGUGCAUACACCCUGUGUCUCUCAGUAUCUGUGUGCUUUCAGGUCUGACCGGACAUCCCUCCUUCUCCCUCGCUCCCUACUUCUAAACGUGGGAAAAGUGGCACAGGGAAAACUUGAAGCAGCCUGGAAGAAGACUGGAUCUGCAUUAUUCAUCCCAACAGAACCAGCCAUGGACUGGAUCACCAACGUCUCAUGGCUCGAUCACCUCGCUGGGAAGGAGGAACCGCUCAGAUGGCAUUUAAACAGCACUGAGGACUAUCUCGCCUUUUUAUGUGGCCCCAAACGGAGUCACCUCUUCGUGCCCAUGAGUUUAAUAUAUGCCUUGAUUUUUGUGGUGGGGGUGGUGGGAAACCUGUUAGUGUGCCUGGUGAUCAUAAAGCACAGGAACAUGAAAACCCCCACCAACUACUACCUCUUCAGCCUCGCCAUUUCGGACCUGCUGGUGCUGGUUUUCGGGAUGCCGCUGGAGGUGUACGAGAUGUGGAGCAAUUACCCCUUCCUCUUCGGGCCCGUCGGCUGCUACUUCAAGACGGCGCUCUUUGAGACGGUCUGCUUUGCCUCCAUCCUGAGUGUCACCACGGUCAGCAUGGAGAGAUAUGUCGCCAUCCUCCAUCCUUUCCGGGCCAAGCUGGAGAGCACCAGGAAGCGUGCGCUGAGGAUCAUCAUUGUCCUCUGGGUCCUCUCCGUCCUCUUCUCUCUCCCCAACACCAGCACUCACGGCAUCUUGCUCCAGCGCUUCCCCAACGGGACGCUGGUCCCCGGCUCUGCCACCUGCACCGUGGUCAUGCCUAUGUGGAUCUACAACUGUAUCAUCCAGGUCACUUCCUUCCUCUUCUAUGUGCUGCCUGUGGCUAUCAUUAGUGUCCUCUACUAUCUGAUGGGGCUGAAAUUGAGAGGAGACAAAUCUUUGGAAGCAGAGGAAAUGACUGUGAACAUUCAGAGACCCUCCAGAAAAUCAGUCACUAAGAUGUUAUUUGUUCUGGUGAUGGUAUUUGCUGUCUGCUGGGCCCCGUUUCACAUCGAUCGACUCUUCUUCAGCUUCGUUGUGGACUGGACGGAGCCACUGGCCAACGUCUUCAACCUUAUCCAUGUGCUGUCAGGUGUUUUCUUCUAUCUCAGCUCUGCCGUGAACCCCAUCAUUUACAACCUCCUUUCUCGUCGCUUCAGAUUGGCGUUCCUCAACGUGAUCACCCCUCGGUGCAAGCUCUGGGCCACCAAGCAGCCUGCCAGCAGGAUCCCAGCCCACCAGAGCCUUUUCCUGGUAGGAGACUGCAAUCUGAUGGAUUCUGCGGAGAAUGCAAGUCCUCCAUCCACGCACAGGAUGUCCGUCUGCAGCUCUCGGCUUUCUACCGGCCUGUGACUAUAAAUAGCCUUCUCAGGUGGGAUGGAAGGUCAUUAAAAUUGCUUUUACCUUUGUGGGAAAAAAAAAAACCCAACCCAAACGAGAGGGAUUUCAGCGAGAGGUGCUGCAUCGUGACGGCUGCUUGAGAAGGCUGCCGCUGCGAGGUAAAUGGCAAUCAUUGUCUCUGCCGUGAGGCCAGAGGAGGAAAGGAGUUUGCACUCCCUGACUGUGCAGUAAAAAUUAAUUUCGCAGGACAUGCAUUAUAGACCCACUCCUCCUUUAAUCGCAUUAGUCCAGCUCCUGCUAACCGUAUUAAGUCCAAUUAGGCAUGGCAUGAAGAUUGACGUAGCACUCACAGCUUUCCAUUUCAAUCCUCCCCCGUCUUACAUUAGUAGUCCCACCGCAGUAGGGAAGGACCAACCAGCGAAUGUGCAAAAUGUUCUGAUAAAGGGUUUGGUUUGGUUUAGUGAAAAUGUUAGCCAAAAAUAUUCCUUUUUUUUGUUGUUGUUGUUGACAACAUUCAGGGUUGUGAUGAAAUGGUAAAAACAGCCUUUCCUUCCAGCCGUGGAAGACUGGUCUGUAUGCACGUUCAUGCAACCCUGCUUGUUUUCAGUGGGAAAGUUUCCGCAAACAUAGAGACACUGAUUUCUUAGGGUGAUAUCUUUUAUUGGACCCACUAUGUGGGUGGGAUAAAGCUAGACAAGCUUUCAAAGGCAAGACAUCCUUCCUGAGCACGUCUUCGUAUCCUUGCCCCUCGCAUAAUGUCUGGACCGUCACGGCUACAACAUCACUGUUACACGACACAAAGGUGGGAACAUUUCCCUUUUCAAUGACGAUUUUUGUAGGGGGUGAAAGAUCCUGACUGUCUCUAGCAGAAAUAUCAGUCCGAGCCCUCCUGGGAGGAGGAUAAGGAGGAUUUACUCUGAACUAGAAAACAAAUGGGUAUUACUUCUCGGCCUGAGAAGCUGAUCUCAGGGUGAUCAUUAUUUUUUGGGAAGCCAGUCCCCUACUCUGGUCUUUCUUCUACCCCAGUGGUACAGAAGGAGUGCAACGUUGCCCAGAACCGACCCCUAAUUCUCCUGUUGCUGGGAUGUCCGUGAAGCUACCUCCUCCACCAGCCCCUUCCCAGCCCCACAGCCACCUGGCUUGCAACUUAGGUACAUGCAUUCAGGUUGCAUUAGCAAACGUAGCCCUGAGGUUGCUCCGCUCUAGUCCUUAUCCACCGAUACCUCUCAGGUGAAAGAGCCUGGGGCCCAAAAGUAACAGAAAGCCACCUUUGGCCUUCAAACCCUCUGAGCUGCUCAAAGAACAUAAAGACAGGUCUCUACAAGUGACGCUUAACAUGUCUAAAGGCAAUUAUCGUGUUUCCUGGCACGUUAGACAAGCAAACUGAACAAAUGUUGCAGUCACACGUGCAUCCAGUAAUUAAAUGAUGAUAACUGUUUA